CUGGAAAAGAUUACAAGCAUUUCUACCCUUAACCCAGGACAAGCCAGCUGAAACGCUCACCUCAGGCUCUCACGUCUACAUUCUACUGACGUAGUUCAGCUAAAAUUAUUUCCUGCAAACUGAAGAUUAAGCAGAUCUAACACUGUGGACAUGGACAGUGUGACCAUGGUUUGGCUGGUGCCUGCUGUGCUGGUGGUCAUGGCAGGAGUAUUCUAUCUGUACGGUCAGAUCCUCCGGCUGCUGAGCAAAACCACGCUCCGAAACAGAGUAGUGCUAAUAACAGAUUCAGCGUCGGCUCUGGGGAAGGAGUGUGCAAAAGUCUUCCAUAAGGGGGGGGCGCGGCUGAUUCUUUGUGGGAAGAACUGGGAAAAACUUGAGGAUCUUGCGGAGCAGCUGGCCAAUGAAUCAGACCCGACUUUAACGUUCCCACCCAAGUUAGUAGAGCUGGACUUCAGCGACAUGGAGUUGAUGCCAGAGGUGGUCUCAGAUGUGCUCGACUGUUACGGCUGUCUGGAUGUGCUCAUCUUUAAUAGCAGCAUGAAAGUGAAGGCGCCGGUGCAGACACUGUCUCUGGAGAUGGACAAGAUGGUUAUGGAUGCCAACUACUUUGGGCCCAUCACAUUGGCCAAAGGUGUUCUGCCCUCUAUGAUCACUAGAAGGUCUGGCCACAUCAUCCUGGUCAACAGCAUUCAGGGAAAGCUGGCUGUGCCUUUCCGCACCACCUAUGCUGCCUCUAAACAUGCGGUGCAGGCCUUCUUCGACUGUCUCAGAGCUGAAGUGCAAGAGUACGGCAUCUCGGUUAGCACUCUCAGUCACACUUUUAUAAAAGCUGCUCCCUCAGUCAAACAAGCCCCCGCAGCAAACUCCGUCUUGUCAGUGCUCACCAGACAGAAACCUCAUGGCGUUUCACCGGAGGAGAUGGCCGGUGAGCUUCUGAAAACCCUGAGCAGCAAGAAGAACGAAAUCAUCAUGGCACACUCCAUCUCUAAAGCAGCUAUCUACGCAAGGUCCUUCUUCCCCAACUUCUUCUUUGCCGUAACGGCAGCCGGAGUGAGGAGCGCUGCAGCUAUGGAGCAUGUGCAGUGAUGGAAGACGGUAUUUCUUGA